AUGAUCUGGCACAAUCAGACGAUGGUCAAUGAGUUUAUUCUUUUGGGAUUUACCAACUUGGGCCAACUCCAGAUCCUUCUAUUUGUCAUAUUUCUUGUCUUCUAUCUGACAACUGUGCUGGGAAACUUCCUCAUCAUUUUGCUAACAGGUCUGGACAGCAACUUGCACACCCCAAUGUACUUCUUUCUCCAAAUUCUCUCCUUCGCAGAAAUUGGAUUUGUUUCAGCGAUCAUCCCUAAACUGCUUGUGAACCUUCUCUCAGAUAAAAAGACCAUUUCCUUAUUAGGAUGCAGGGCACAGAUAUACUGUGUCUUCUUCUUUGGGGUCAUGGAAUGCUUCAUACUAAUAGUCAUGGCAUAUGAUCGUUUUGUUGCCUUAUGCAAUCCUCUGCGUUAUACAGUCAUAAUGAACAGGAAGCUCUGCAUUUCCUUGGUGACAGCUGUAUGGGCCUUAGGAUUCCCUGUUGCAAGUAUACAAAGCACGUGGCUGCUCAGCUUUCCAUUCUGCAGAUCCAAUGAAAUUUCUCAUUUCUUUUGUGAUGCUCCACCAAUUUUACAGCUUGCCUGUGCAGACACUUACAGCUUUGAGCUCUUUUCAUUCAUAGGAACGUUUAUCAUUCUCCUGUGCCCCUUCGCACUGAUCUUGGUCUCCUACAUUCAUAUCAUCAGUACCAUCUUGAGGAUCCCUUCAGUUGAGGGGAGAUGGAAAGCUUUCUCCACCUGCUCAUCACACAUUAUUGUUGUGACUCUAUUUUAUGGGUCAGCUAGUCUGACUCACCUUCAGCCCAAGUCAAGCUCUGUCCCAGGAAAUAAGCAUUUGCUUUCUCUCUCCUAUGUGAUACUCACUCCCAUGUUGAACCCAUUCAUCUACAGCCUGCGCAACAAAGAGGUAAAAGGAGCCUUAAUUAGGCUGAUCAGAAAGAAAAUAUGUUGA